AUGCGAAGGAUCAGGAAACAAGUUUUCCCGCCUACACCGAGAAAUCUUUUGCACUUACAUCAGCUACUACAACUUGAAGAAAACCAGGAAUUCAGUUUAACAUUUCAAACACCACCCAAUUUAUUUUAUCAAGGACCGCUUAUGGCGAAUGGAGUCUUUGCGGGACUACUAUUUUACAACACAGCCUACUUGGAAGAAAUUGUGGAAGAACUCACAAAUGUAACAGUAGCUGGAUGUGAUGGAACAUUUAAAACUACACCAAAAACCACAGAUAACGAUUGCUACCAACUUUUUACAUUCCAAGUCGUGUAUAAAAUGUGGUGUGUAAACUAUAGUUUUCCACUUGUCUAUGCGCUGUUGACUGGGAAGACAGAAGAAAUUUACAGAGAGCUGCUCUUCAGGUACAUACGGAACACUGUUCCUUUGCAAUAUGAGAAUGUCACCAUUAUCACGGAUUACGAGAGGGCACUAAUAAAUGCAAUUGGUUGUUACCAGUAUGGGGACCAUAGCCACCUCGCCAGGGACUGCUCGUCAUCAGGUCCGUUGGCGACUCAUUCUAGCAGUCCUACACCAAGUUCUUAUAUAUUUGAUGUCACCAUCGUCGUCACUGAACGAUUACUCGGACCUGCCGACCAAAGUGACCCAUCUGGAUAUUAA